UUCAAGAUUUCACCUCCUACGUGCCGAAUGGCUCCUGUGUCUCACAACAAUGAUUCCGAUUCGAGUGAUAGUGACGACAACACAAUCAUACUGGCCACUCUUCUUACCCUAUGCAUCGAAGCUACCAGGCGUAGGCGCAGGCAGUCUUCUAUCCCUCGCCGCGUGAUCGCUAGGGAUCAUUUUGCUAGGGAGAACCUUAUCCGCCAUCACUACUUCGGCCCUAACCCCGUGUAUCCAGCUCACAUGUUUCGCCGAAGGUUUCGCAUGAGUCGGCCAUUGUUCCUCCGUAUUUUGCAAGGCCUCCAGCAGCAGGAUAGUUACUUCACUCAACAGGUCGACGCUACAGGCCUCGCCGGUCUUGGACCACUUCAAAAAGUAUGUGCAGCAAUGCGGACCCUAGCUUACGGCUUACCUACUGAUGCCAUCGACGAAUAUAUACAGAUAGGCGAGUCUACGGCUAGACAAUGCCUUAUUCGUUUCUGUCGCGCACUCAUUGCAUACUUUAGUGUGUGGUACCUUCGAACUCCUAACCAGGCCGACAUUGCACGCAUCAUGCAACAUAGCGAGUCGAGGGGGUUUCCAGGAAUGCUGGGGUCCAUAGAUUGCAUGCAUUGGGAGUGUAGGAACUAUCGUGGUCGAAAUUCUAGACCUACCAUGAUACUUGAGGCGGUCGCAUCGUACGAUCUAUGGAUUUGGCAUGCUUUUUUCGGCAUGCCUGGUACAAACAACGACAUCAACGUGCUACAUAGGUCUCCGGUUUUUGACCCAAUGACAAGCGGUCAAAUGCCCCCCGUGCAUUACACAGUAAACGGACAUGCAUACAACUUUGGGUACUACCUAGCCGAUGACAUAUACCCUAACUGGCCAACUUUUGUGAAAGCCAUUCGGCACCCCUGGGAGGAAAAGAAGAUCUAUUUCACGCAGAUGCAGGAAAGUCACCGGAAAGAUAUCGAGCGCGCAUUCAGUGUGCUUCAAGCACGGUGGGCAGUGCUACGUGGUCUUGCUUACAGACGGGAUCGUAACCGUCUAACCGAGAUCAUCACUGCUUGCAUAAUAAUGCACAACAUGAUCAUUGAAGAUGAAGGGGAGUUUGCUGCCAACACCGACUUUGGAGACAAUGCUUCUGCCACUGCACAUUGCGAACUCAUACAAGAGGGAAGGUCGGAUUGGGUCAUCGAUCACUUUGAUCUACGUCGCCAGGAACGAUUUUGCAAUCUUCAAAAUGAUCUUGUCGAGCAUUUGUGGACCAAACGUGGGAGUAUGUGAUGAAACUUGAACCUUAGUCCUUUAAAUGAUGUGGCUCCGUAGUGUAUGUUCCAUGUGUGUGGUGGUCAUUGUGUUAUGUUUCAUGUGUGUGGUAGUGGGUGUGCUAUGUUCCAUGCGUGUCUUAGUUUGAGUUAGGGGUUCUGUGGUCACGGGCAAUGAGUACGAAUUCAUUUACUCUUAGUGGUCAAAUGUGUACUCUUCAGUAUGAAAUCAAAUGUGGCACCAUCUAUGCAAGAG